AUGGUCUUGCCUCACAGACAUUCAGAGACUGCACGCAAGGCCCUGGCGAUGUUCAAGGUCCUAGCAUCUAGUCCAGAGGAUCGCUGGAGAGCCAUCUCGAGUGAGAACGGUUUCAAGAGCUACUCUCGCGUCAUUUCUGGAGCUGGUUUGCCCAUGCUUCGAGGUGAAGGAACCAUUACCGGUGGAUGGACUGUCGAGCAAAUCAAUGCAGUGAUCGAAUCGUCUGGGUGCCGACAGAUUUGGGACGAGCGGUUUGAGAACAUGUCGAUCGCAGAGACCUUCAAUCAUAACGAGUAUUUGUUCCAUGUCACUCUUCGUGGCGUUGGUUCUUUGACUGGUCGCGAUCUUGCGGGAGUCACCAUGAUUGACAGGGAUCCUCAGACAUCAGCCCUUUACAACGUGUCGACCUCUGUUCUUGAUCCCACCAUCCCUGAGGAUCCUGGUCGCAUUCGUGCUAUGCUCGAGCUUUCAGGUUGGUCGCUUCGCCCCACUUUCGACGGCCAAGGCAACACCGUUUCCGUGAACGUCACUUUCGUGGUCCAGAUUGACAUUCGAGGAAACUUGCCAUCUUCCGUGGUCAAGUCCAUGACUGCGAGCAUGACCUCAGCUGUCUCUCGACUGAACCAGUUCAUUAACAAGUCUGGCUAUCCACCCUUCGCCUCCCAUAUCUCUGGUACGAGAUUGCUGGACACCUUUGACCCCAAGGUCGGCCUCUACGAACUC